AUGUCUUCAAAGCCUUCACUCGUCUUUGUGCCUGGGGCAUGGCACCGCGCUGAGACAUGGGGAAAGAUCGCAACUAUCCUCGAAACCCAACACCAGUACAAAUGCAGACUUGUGACCUUGCCGUCGACACUGUCUGACCCCGCCGCAACCCUUCUGGAUGAUAUCGAAGCCGUCAGAGCCGCCAUUGUCGCCGAGACCUCACAAGGACACGAUGUCGUGGUUGUGAUGCACUCCUAUGGCGGUAUCCCAGGGCAAAGCGCGAUCAAGGGCCUCACAUUGCCCAAGGGAAAGCCAGAUGCUCCAUCUCCACCAACGCCAUCAGCGGAGAGCAGGAGACGCGGCCAUGUCAUUGGCCUUAUCGUAAUAGCAUCUGGCUUUGUUAUUCCUGCAAAGUCGUUCCUUGACGGCAUGGGAGGCCAACCACCCCCAUCCUGGAAACUCGAUUAUGAGAGCGGCUUUGCUGAGAUCGUGGCCGACGCGCGUGAGCUCUUUUACCACGACCUUCCCGAGGAAGAGGGCAAGGAGUGGGUCAACAAGCUCACCAAGCAAUCGCUGAAAACGCUGACCGAGGGGGGUGAACAUACCUACCCCGGGUGGAUGGAUGUGCCUUCGUGGUACCUUGCCACCAAGGACGACAAGGCCUUGCCAGUGGAGGCACAGAGAAUGUUCGUGCAGAUGGCAAAGGAUGCAGGGGCAAGUGUCACUUUGAGAGAGGUGGAAAGUAGUCAUUCGCCUAUGCUGAGUAGGCCAGAGGAGACGGUGCAGGUUGUUUUGGACGCCACAGCCAGCUUUUGCGGAUGA